GUUUCUGCUCCUAAGGGGCGACCGUCGCCAAGGUGGCGGUCACUGCAUCCCGGCCCACCUCCGCCGCCCUGGGCGUGGUAUCAGCGAGCCCUGGGACUAUGACGGGUCAGGGCCAGUCGGGAUCAGGGUCGUCGGUGGGGAGCACGAUAUUCCGCCACGUCCGGUACGAGAAUCUGGUAGCGGGCGUGAGCGGCGGGGUUCUGUCCAACCUCGCGCUGCACCCGCUCGACCUCGUGAAGAUCCGCUUCGCCGUGAGUGAUGGAUUGGAACUGAGACCAAAAUAUAAAGGAAUUGUGCAUUGCUUGACUACCAUUUGGAAACUUGAUGGACUACGGGGACUUUACCAAGGAGUAACCCCAAAUGUGUGGGGUGCAGGUUUAUCCUGGGGACUCUACUUUUUCUUUUACAAUGCCAUCAAAUCAUACAAGACAGAAGGAAGAGCUGAUCGUUUAGAGGCAACAGAAUACCUCGUCUCGGCUGCUGAAGCUGGAGCCAUGACCCUCUGCAUUACAAACCCAUUAUGGGUAACAAAAACUCGCCUUAUGUUACAGUACAAUGGUGUUGUUAACUCCUCACAACGACAGUAUAAAGGAAUGUUUGAUACACUUCUGAAAAUAUAUAAGUAUGAAGGUGUGCGAGGAUUGUAUAAGGGAUUUAUUCCUGGGCUGUUUGGAACAUCACAUGGUGCCCUUCAAUUUAUGGCAUAUGAAUUGUUGAAGUUGAAAUACAACCAGCAUAUCAAUAGAUUACCAGAAGCCCAGUUGAGCACAGUAGAAUAUAUAUCUGUUGCAGCACUAUCGAAAAUAUUUGCCGUAGCGGCAACAUACCCAUAUCAAGUUGUGAGAGCUCGUCUUCAGGAUCAACACAUGUUUUACAAGGGCGUGUUGGAUGUAAUCACGAAGACAUGGAGGAAAGAAGGCAUCGGUGGAUUUUACAAAGGAAUUGCCCCCAAUUUGAUUAGAGUGACCCCAGCCUGCUGUAUUACUUUUGUGGUAUAUGAAAAUGUCUCACAUUUUCUACUUGACCUCAGAGAGGAAAAAAAAGUAAGCUAGAAGAAGAUCAUCUCAAUUCGUCUGCUUAACGCGGCAGUUGCUCCUUUGUGUUUGAGGUAUAAACCUCAGAAGAAUGCUGCACAGCAACAUGGUUCAUAAUGGAAAUUGGUGUAUAAUCAUUAGAAGUCAAAGAACUGCUAAGACUUUGCAAUGUUGUUUUGCUCUUUGCCUUCCCCAUAUGUUUGGGACUUGGCUACCUCUGCCAGAAAUGGCUCCCAUCCACAUGACAGUAAAACUGACGUCAAGUGGAGAAUUUCACAAAUUUCUCUAUUUUAGUGUUCAAGUAGAAGCUGAUCACAGCAUUUGCUAAAUGGAUUAGAUGAAUGUGCUUCUUUUUGUGAACUCAUUUGCCUGGAUCGGCUUUAAAAUCAGUCUGUGUGCAAUAGCAAGAAAAUGGCUUCUGAAAAGAAUUGUCGUUGUUUCAAGAGUAAAUUAAACUUGAAGGAUUUGCUGGAAAAAUUGUUGCUUAAAUCCAGACCAUUUUUGAAUUGGGAAAUUUUGGUGAGGGGAAAAAAAACAACAACACCGUAAAUGUGCGUUAGUUUAAAUUCAGUUGGAACGUGCUAACUAGGGAAAUUUGAGACGUAUAUACUUCUCUUCGUUUGAGAAAUAUAUUUGUUGUCAUUCUGUCAUUAAUUUUUUCCCUGGGGGCUCUUCCAUAAUUUAAAAUGUAAUUGUGGAUCCAGUUAUUAUAUUUUUUGACAUUGGUACUUGGUAUUUCUUAAACUUAACAAAAUCUGAACUCAGAUGCAGCUGUGUCUGCCCUUAUUUAGAAUAUUUGGCUAUAAGUCACUAAUUGGCUAUUAAUCACUAAUAGAUCACCUCACACACAUACUGGAAUGAUUGGGAUCUGUAUGUUGAGAAACUGUGUGGAAAUGGGAAACUUUAACUUCUUAUUUCAACUAUGAGAUGUAUGGGUCCAGAUCCCAAAUAAACGAUUAGUCUAGAUUAGUUGCUCAUAUUCAGGUUUAAAUACAGGUUACACUAAUGGCCAUUAUUGAUUUAACUUUUAUGAGUCAUUAUAAAUAUCUAUAAAAGCCUGUCCCCAAAGGAUGCCAGAAUAAUAUUUUUAUUUAUCAUAAACUUCUAUGAAUGCUGUUGCACUUCCAUCUAGUUGUAAAUAAACAUUGUGGUUUUCAAAGCCAUAUUUAAAUGGUUCUUUGAAGAUAGGUCUAUUUUUUAUAUUUUGAAAAUGGCAUUGUUCUAAAAAUGUGGAACAGUAAGUAAUUGUAUUUACUAUAAUCUCUUGUAACAUGCACAGAAAUACUUUAUAAAUUAAAUGUGAUGUAUUUUUUCAUCCUUCUGGGUUUACUACUAUAAUUCAUCUGAAUCCCUGACGUUAGUCCCUAUACAAAAUACUGGCUGCAGUUGCUGUUUGGAAUUUUAGAGGUAGUGCCAUUAUUUGAAUGCUUCUUGUGUACCCCCAAAUUAAUAAAACAUAAUUUCUGUCUUCUAA